AUGGCUCCAACACGAUGUCUCGCCAGACAGGCUGGUGUCAUUGGUAGACACUUUCUACCUGCAGCUCGCCCUCUGUCUACCAGCGCCGUACUCCGAGCUCCCACCACGGCAUCAUCAACCUCAGAGACUUCAAGCUCAGGCUCUCCAAAGAAGCUCAAACCUCUCACUCGAGAGCAGAGCGACUUUCUCUCCUCUGCUCUUCGAGUCAACCAAGCCGGCGAACUCGCCGCGACACUCAUCUACUCCGCCCAAACCCCCGUCGUCGUUCGCAAACACCCUCACCUCCGCCCUCUCAUGGCUCACAUGUACGACCAGGAAGCCGUCCACUUCUCAACCUUCAACAGCCUCAUCCACAAGCACCGCGUCCGCCCCACAGCCCUCUACCCGCUAUGGUCCGUCCUAGCCAGUGGCCUUGGCUGGUCAACCGCAAUCAUGGGCCGUGAGGCGGCCAUGGCCUGCACCGAGGCCGUCGAGACCGAAAUAGGAAACCAUUACAACGAACAGAUCCGCUCCAUCCUAGAGAUGAUUUCUAGCUGGGAGGCGCAGGGAUACGAUGUUGGUGGUGAGAUUAAGCAGUUGGUGGACACUCUGCGAAGAAUACGAGACGAAGAGCUCGAACACCUGGAUCACGCUGUGGAUAAUGAUGCCAAAAAAGCAGAACCCCACUGGUUACUUACCAACGUCAUCAGGGCUGGCUGCCGUGGAGCGAUUUGGGUGAGCGAAAAGGUUUGA